AUGGAUGCAAAGAUCGCUAACAGAAUUUUCUUGCAGCCACAGCGCCCUGCGCGUACCUUGCGCAUACACGACGAGAACGCGCCGCGCCAGCUUCCCGCAGGAAAGGCUCUCCACCAGCGCAAUAAGUCAACACCAGUGCUAUCGACGCUGAUGCAGGUCGGGGGCAUCAAGGCCGCUGCGGCCAAGCGCACCGUCUUUGCAGAUGUCAGCAACACGACGCGGCAGCCAGCUGCGAAGGACGACAUCCAAGUCCUUGGCAAGAAGGGCGCCGUCGCAUUGAAAGACUCGACCUCCGCCGCAGCCAAAGAGCUUGCAAAGUCUGGCGCAUUGCUGCGACCCGCCCAGCGACCAUUGGCAAACAUCACCACGAAGAACAACGCGAGUGCUGCUAGUGAUCCCGUCGCGUCUGUGAUCCCCAGCCACCUCUCUCAAGAUGCCAACCAACAGCCAGCCAACAUCAGGAAGAUUGCCCCGAAAAAGUCAACCACUGUCUUCAAGGAAUUGCUAUCCGAGCCAGUUUCUGACGUUGCUAUCGCUCCUGUACCUGCGCGCCAGCCCCUUGCCUCCCAGCCUGCCUCAUUUCUCAACGAGGACCGUGCAUCAGCACCGACCCACGAGCCUGUAGCUACCAUUCCAGAAGUAGUUGCCGAGAAGGGAGAAAAGAGCUACUUCGACACAGAGCACGUCACCCGCCAGUCCGAGCCUGAAGAUAAGUUUGAGUACAUUGAUGCCCUUGAGGAACAGGCGCGCGUUACUGAACAAGUACGCGACGAAGAGAUUGCCAAGUCCCUUGACCGUGAGGAGUACUGGGAAGAGGAUGAUGAAGAAGAGUACUAUGACUUUGAGGGACAGACCACCGUUCGAUCUUUCCGCUCACGAGGUGACAACACCACCGGAGGCGUUACCCAGGUCCUUGCCCCCCGGAUUACCGCCAAGACCCAGCGUGAACUCGACGCUGCCCGUCAAUUCGUUGAAGAGAACCGCUCUCCCGAGGAUGUUGAAGAUGAGCAGUGGGACACUUCCAUGGUUGCGGAGUAUGGCGACGAGAUCUUCGCAUACAUGCACGAACUUGAAGAGCGGAUGAAGCCCAACGCGCUCUACAUGGACCACCAAGCAGAAAUUCAGUGGUCGAUGCGAUCUGUUCUCAUGGACUGGCUUGUUCAAGUCCACAACCGCUUCACCCUUCUGCCGGAGACCCUCUUCCUCGCUGUCAACUACGUCGACCGUUUCCUCUCGUGCAAGGUCGUUUCCUUAGGCAAGCUCCAGCUUGUCGGCGCCACCGCGCUGUUUGUCGCCGCCCAAAUCGUCUACAUGGUUGAUGGUGCAUACACUGCCGAUGAGGUGCUCAAAGCUGAGCGCUUCAUGCUCAGUAUGCUUCAGUUCGAGCUAGGCUGGCCAGGCCCAAUGAGCUUUCUCCGUCGCAUCAGCAAGGCUGACGACUACGAUCUUGAGACCCGCACCUUGGCCAAGUACUUCCUUGAGAUCACGGUCAUGGAUGAGCGCUUCGUGGGCUGUGCUCCUAGCUUCCUUUCCGCAGGCGCUCACUGCUUGGCCCGCAUGAUGCUGAAGAAGGGUGACUGGUCCCAACCUCAUGUCCACUACUCUGGCUACACCCUGAGUCAGCUUCGCCAGCUUCUCUGCACGAUCCUCGAGUGCUGCGACAACCCUCAGAAGCAUCAUGCUGCAGUUUACGAGAAGUACACCGACAAGCGCUAUAAGCGCGCAUCGAUCUUCGUGGAAUCAGAGGUCUCGAAGGGCUUCUCGUUGCCUUUCAUGUCUAGGGACAGUCUUGCUAGUCAGACGUGGAGGCGAAAGUGA